UUAAGUUACUUAAAAUUCUCUGCAAACCCUUUUUUUCGCUUGGCCUAUUUCGCUGUUUUCUUUCAGAUUAAGCUUAACAGAAUGAAUAAGCAAGAUAUGUUGAAGAUCCAGACUUGUGUUCUGAGAGUUAACAUACACUGUGAUGGUUGUAAGCACAAGGUUAAAAAGAAACUGCAGAAGAUUGAAGGAGUAUAUUCGGUGAAAAUUGAUGUGGACCAAGGGAAGGUGACAGUAUCUGGAAAUGUUGAUCCAGCAACACUUAUAAAGAAGCUUGAUAAGGCAGGUAAGCAUGCCGAGCUAUGGGGAGCACAAAAGGGUCCUAAUCUAUGGAGCAAUCAGUUCAAAGACAUUCAAUUUGACAAUUUUAAGGGUGAAAAAGAUAAUAAAUCCCAAAAGGGUGGGAAGAACCAACAAAAGGGUGCAAAUCAAGCUUUUCAGGAGAUGCAACAGAACAAAGGAUUUAAAGACGUGAAAUUUCCGGGCAAGGACCAAAAAUCUGUCAAGUUCAAGUUGCCCGAAGGCGAGGAAGACGAUGAUUUUGAUGAGUUCGAUGAUGAGUUUGACGAGGAUGAUGAUGAGUUCGAUGAUGAGUUGGACGAUGAUUUUGAUGAUCACCACCAUCAACCCAAUAAAAUGAUGAAUAAGGGCGGCGGCCGCGGCCAGGGACUACAUGGGCCUAAUAAAAUUAAAAAUGGCCCUGCAAAAGGUAGUGGUGGUAAUAAGGGCAGAGAUGGCAAGAAAAGCAGUGGUAUUGAUAUGUUUUUUAAAGGCUUAACUGGAAAAAGUAAGCAUAAGAAUGAAAAUGAAGGGAAGGGAAAUCAAAAUCAUGGUGGUGGCAAAAAUGGCGGAGUUGCAAAGGGUGGCAAGGGUACGAAGGAUAGUGGUUUUGGUGAGAAGAACAAUGAUAAUUGGGGUAAGAAAGGGGGCGAAAAUUUUAACGUGGGCCAAAAAAUGGGCAAUAAGCAGCAGGGGUUCGAUGUGAUUCAGAAAGGCAGCGCCGGAGGUAGAAAUAUGGGUCCAAUGGGACAGAUGGGUAGCUAUCCAAUGGGUCAAAUGGGGAAUAUUCCGGCAAUGCAAGGAUUUCCAGCUAUGGCCGGUAUGAAUUCCGGUCACUACCAAGGGAUGGGACAGGGAAACCCGUAUAUUAUGCAGCAAAACAUGGCACAGAUGAUGAUGAACCAGCAGCGGGCAAGUGGCCACGAUAUGUACCAUCCUAUGAUGUAUGCGCGCCAACAACCGCCGAUGAAUUAUGGACCGCCUCCUGGUGAUCACUAUACUCACAUCUUCAGUGAUGAAAAUGCUACUGGUUGCAAUAUCAUGUAAACUAGCAGAAUGUGAUUUUUUUUUUUUUUUUUUUUUUUUUUUUUUUUUUUUU